GCACAGCGCCCUUUAUACGCACUUCCGCCCGCUUGCCACUUCCUUUCUUUUCGGCGGCUCGCGUCGGCAAGAUGGCCGUGCAAAUUUCCAAAAAGAGGAAGUUUGUCGCUGAUGGCAUCUUCAAAGCUGAACUGAAUGAGUUUCUCACUCGGGAGCUGGCUGAAGAUGGGUACUCUGGAGUUGAGGUCCGAGUUACACCAACCAGGACAGAGAUCAUUAUCUUGGCCACCAGGACACAGAAUGUACUUGGUGAGAAGGGCCGGCGGAUCCGGGAAUUGACUGCUGUGGUUCAGAAGAGAUUCGGCUUCCCUGAAGGCAGUGUAGAGCUUUAUGCUGAAAAGGUAGCCACAAGAGGACUGUGUGCCAUUGCCCAGGCAGAGUCUCUGCGUUACAAACUCCUAGGAGGCCUUGCUGUGCGGAGGGCCUGCUAUGGUGUGCUGCGGUUCAUCAUGGAGAGUGGGGCCAAAGGCUGCGAGGUCGUGGUGUCUGGGAAGCUUCGAGGACAGAGGGCUAAAUCCAUGAAGUUUGUGGAUGGCCUCAUGAUCCACAGUGGGGACCCUGUUAACUACUAUGUUGACACCGCCGUACGCCAUGUGCUGCUCAGACAGGGUGUGCUGGGCAUCAAGGUAAAGAUCAUGCUGCCUUGGGACCCAACUGGUAAGAUUGGCCCUAAGAAGCCUCUGCCUGAUCAUGUGAGCAUUGUGGAACCCAAAGAUGAAAUACUGCCCACCACUCCCAUCUCUGAACAGAAGGGUGGGAAGCCAGAGCCGCCUGCCAUGCCCCAGCCGGUACCCACAGCAUAAUAGGUCUCCUUGGCCGCUGGAUCUGGAAUCUGAAUGUUGCUCUGCAAAGACCUUUAAUAAAAUCUUCUUAAAAGACA